GAGACAUGCCUUCAGAGAUCCACAUGCCAGGCCCAGUGUGCCUCAUUGAGAACACUGGUGGGGAACUGAUAGCCAAUCGGGAGGCUUUGAAGAUCCUGGCAGCCAUUGAGGAGCCUGUGGUGGUGGUGGCCAUCGUGGGGCUCUACCGCACAGGCAAAUCCUACCUAAUGAACAAGCUGGCUGGGAAGAAAAAGGGCUUCUCUCUGGGCUCCACAGAGCAGUCUCACACCAAGGGCAUCUGGAUGUGGUGUGUGCCCCACCCCACCAUGCCGCACCACACCCUAGUCCUGCUGCACACCAAGGGACUGGGAGAUGUCGAGAAGGGAGACAACCAGAAUGACUCCUGGAUCUUUGCGUUGGCAAUACUCCUGAGCAGCACCUUCGUAUACAACAGCAUGGGAACCAUCAACCAGCAGGCCAUGGACCAACUGCAUUAUGCAACUGAGCUGACAGAAUGCAUCCAGUUCAGUUCCUCACUUGAGAAACCGGAGGUGGAGGACUCGGCUGACUUUGUGAGCUUCUUUCCCACCUUCGUGUGGACACUGAGAGAUUUCUCCCUGGAGCUAGAGGCCGAUGGAGAGCCCAUCACUGCCGAUGAGUACCUGGACCUUUCACUGAGGCUGAAAAAAGGUAAUGAAAGAAAGCUUAAAAGCUAUAAUCAGCCUCGAUUGUGUAUCCGGAAGUUCUUUCCCCAGAAGAAGUGCUUCGUCUUUGACCGGCCUGCUAGGAGGCAGUACCUUGGUUGUCUCGAGCAGCUACAGGAGGAAGAGCUGAACCCUGAGUUUGUAGAACAAGUUGCAGAAUUCUGCUCCUACAUCUUCUGCCAUUCCAAAGUCAAGACUCUUUCAGGCGGCAUCACAGUCAAUGGACCUCGUGAGUCUCUUCCUCCCCACCCCACCUCCACUCUCACCUGGACUCUUCUCGGCCUCUUUCAGAGGACAGGAGAAGGGAACAAAAGAAUCACUUGUAGCAAGUAG